GGGCCACCACACACGUCGUUCAUUUGUUUACACCUGCAGGAUAAAGGUGACGGUGUUUAGCCUAGCUUAGCUAGCCACCAGUAAAUAAUGUUAGCUUAUGUAUGCUGCUGUCUGGAAGUGGGGAUGUUAAGGCGGAGUCAUUUCAUGAGGAUGAUUCAGGCGGAUGAAAGCGGAGUGGAUUAUUUAAUGAAAUGCUACCUUAGGUCCCAUUAGUUCGUCGUCCCCCUGUGAACAGUAUCUGGGUGCCUCGGCAGACGCAGAUCAGUUUGCAGUUCUUGGUCUCCGCAGACAACCUCAGCUGGCUCCAGCUCAACAGGACCCUGAUCUUCUACUUUUCUUUUUUAUUUUUCACGUUUCUUCUACUCUUCACAGUCAUGGCAGACUUCUUCUAUAAGGAUUACAACGACCUUUUUUGAGACUUUUCAGCCUCCUGUGCGGGGACUCAUGUCUCCACGGACCCACUAAAUGCCUUUCAUUGAAAAAGGGCUUCGGACGUUCAGUGUCGAGAAUGUGCAGGAUCGACCAAUGGUCUGAUUAAGAUGGGAAAUAAACAAACAAUAUUUACCGACGAGCAACUUGAUGCCUACCAGGACUGUACAUUUUUCACCCGCAAAGAAAUUCUACGGUUGCAUGGCAGAUACCACGAGUUGGCUCCUCAUCUUGUACCGAUGGACUACACAAAUGAACCUGAUUGUAAACUGCCUUUAGCCUUAAUAGUCAACAUGCCAGAAUUAAAGGAAAACCCUUUCCGCAACAGGAUCGUAGAGUCUUUCUCAGAGGAUGGGAUGGGGAAUCUCAGCUUCAAUGAAUUUGUCGACAUGUUCUCGGUCCUCAGUGAAAUGGCACCCAGAGAGCUCAAGGCCAUUUAUGCAUUCAAAAUAUAUGAUUUCAAUGUGGAUAACUAUCUGUGUAAAGAGGACCUUGAGAAGACUCUGAAUAAGCUGACAAAGGAGGAGCUGACUCCAGAGGAGGUUGAGCUGGUGUGUGAGAAAACCAUUGAGGAGGCAGACUUAGAUGGGGACAGCAAACUCUCCUUCGCUGACUUUGAAAAUAUGAUAUCCAGGGCUCCUGACUUUUUAAGCACCUUCCAUAUACGAAUUUGAUGGGAAGUUUCCAUUGUUGAUAAUGGGUUGAACCUCUGGACUCUUUCGUCACCCUGUCCUGGCCACAACACAGUGCUUGUUUUCCCGUCGUAAGAAAACAUGCAUCAGUCAGACGGCAACAUACUGGAUAAAAGUGAAUCCCCAGGGUACUCACUUUCUUUACUCUAGAUGAAAAUGUAGUUUCCUUUUACUAGCUAUGAAAGGGCUUGACCUGAAAUGGUCUUUUGGUGGGGAAAAGGCUGUUUCUUCUGCAUUUUUAAGAUGAAAUAGAGCAAAAAAAUGAGCCAGACUCUGCUGCUUAUGGUGUACAUUCAAGAAUGCAUCAAAAGCUUAUCUACCUACAUAUGUAUAUUGCACAUGGGAUACCCCAGUCAAGUCUUCCUACAAUGUUACAUAAGAGAUAAAUUAUUUAUAAGGAUGAGGACUAAGCUUGAAGGUAACUGAAGCACAGUGUUAGCUUUAAGGGCAUACAGAUAUUUUAUAUGAGCUAUAUUUAUACAUGCUGUGUAUGGCAUACAGUGUUUAAAGUUAUUUGAUUACAGAACUGGAAAAUGAUGACAAUCGUAUCUUUCUGUUCUCCAGUUUAAGGGCUCUCAUGUGAACUGUUUUUGGAAGCUACUAUCUUCUGCCUCAGCCAGUAUCAUGAGAUUUUAAAUACAGCCAUGUUUUUUUGGAUUGACAUGUUACUGCAUUUAAUGUGACUUCAGGUAUUAUUCAUAGUACUUUGAAUAAAUAUUUUUUUCUCUGUGUGUUCUAGGUGUAAAUUC